AUGGGUCUGACCAAAGAGUUUUUACGCUAUGCGCCAGAUGGAAUGUGCAACAUCGUUGCAUCGACCUGGUCGAACUUCACAAUUGUUAACAAGCCAAGCCAGAAGGGACCUCUCUGUGCUGUCGGGGCAUGUGAAAAUGUUGUUGUCUGGGAUAUGAGAAAGGGUGAAAAGCACUCCACACUGCUCAGUGAAGACAAGCACCAGGUGACAUACGUGGCCAGCAGUCCAGAUAACCACUACCUCGCUGCUGGCUAUGCAAAUGGUUCUGUCAGGAUUUUUGAUUUGGUUACAACUGAAUGCAUCGUUACAUUCAACGGCCAUAAAAAACCAGUUUCUUGUUUGAACUUCGAUGGAGACAGCCUUCAGCUAGCAAGUGGUGGCAUGGACACAGAUGUUGUCCUGUGGGAUGUUGUCGAUGAGUCAGGGAUGUUUCGAUUGAAAGGACACACAGGGGUCAUCACUCAGGUCAGGUUCUUCCAAAAUAAAGGCAUUCUCAUCACCAGUUCAAAAGAUAGGCAGAUAAAAUUUUGGGACCUGCAGACUCAACAUUGUUUCAAAACCAUCAUGGAAAAUGAUGAGGAGAUAUACGACUUCAUCCUGCUUACGAACGCCUCCCUGAUGGUGACGGGCAUAAAAAACAGUCACCUGUCUGUCUGGAGCCUCACGUUCAAGAUGUCCGAGGCUACAGCUGCUGGUGCGGAUGCUGCGAAACCUCGUAGCAAGCUUUCCAGAGUUGACCAUGCUGAUGUCGGAGAAGCAAGAAUGGGCAAUGAUGAUGAAGAUGUCUGCAUGGACAACAUUGUGCUGGUGAAGUUGGGCGAGAUCAAGAGAGUGGGCAAAGGUCGCUUGGUUUCCAUGUGUGUUUAUGCUGACAUGUACUUUGGUUGCCAUGGAACUUAUUCAGAGGUGGAAUUGUUCAAAAUCUGCACAGAUGAAGAGAGGGAAAAGCAUAGAAAGAAGAGAGAGAAGAAGAGGAGAUUGAAACUGCAAUCUCACGACCCAUCAGUCAGUGACGCUCAGCCACCAGAUGAUGGGAGCUUCGACUUUGAUACAUUGUACAAAAGAGUUGGGUACUACAAACUUCAAAAUCCAAUAAGGACCUUCCAAUUUUUUGAAAUUAAUGGUACCAACGCAAAAAUCAUGGUCAUGUACCGCAAUAAUUCAUUCGCCAAGUUUGACCUUGACAUUUCAACAUCAUCGAAAGUUGGUGCCGCAUCAACAUCAACAGCAGACCAAAUCCCUUCAUCACAUUGUCUCAUAGGUUACGGUCACUACAAGGAGCCAAGAUGCUUGGCAUUCAGUUCUGAUAACUUCUCUUUCUUAUCAGCUUCUGUUGAUGCUAUUAAAGUUUGGAAUAGAUCAAGUUUGCAAUGCUUUCGAACCAUCCCCUGCUCAGACGUCACCUGCUGCAUGUUUGCGCUCGAGGACAGGCAGGCCAUUGUCGGCAAGAAGACGGGAGAGCUCGAGAUGUACGAAAUCUCUUCCAAUCAGUUGGUCGAACAAACCAGAGAACACACUGGCUGCAUCAAUGCCAUGUCUCUGGCACCUAACAAGUUGGGCUUCAUAACUGGCGCCACUGACAGGCAAGUUAUCUUCUGGGAGUUUGAAUUCAACAAUGAAUCGAAACAGGACCAACAGUCAAGCAAAGCACUUACUGUAGCUGCAAAGAGGAAGUUGCAGACCGUUGAUGAAGUGCUGUGCCUCAAGUACAGUUCUGACCAGAAAUACAUUGCUGUCGGCUGUCUGAAUAUGAAGGCCUACAUCUACUUCACUGAUUCCUUGAAGAUGCUACACACGUUGUACUCUCACAACAUGCCUGUAACUUGUAUCGACAUGUCGACCGACACGCACUUCAUCGCCACUGGGUCCUCUGAUAAGGACGUCAAACUUUGGAGCAUGGACUUUGGUGAGUGUAGGAAGAUUAUCAAGGUGGCCCAUGACGACAAAAUCACGUGUCUGCAGUUUGUGCCGAAGACUCAUCUCUUCUUUACCUGCAGUGUUGACAUGAAAGUCAAAAAGUGGGAUGCUGAUUCCUUCCAGCUCGUCAUGACACUUGAGGGUCACCAGGCUGCUGUCCACCACUUAUCAAUCAGUCCCAAUGGUAAGUAUGUGGUCAGUGCAUCUGCAGACAUGUCCAUCCGGCUGUGGCACAAAACUGAAGAAAUACUUAUUCUUGAUGAGGAAAAGGAAAUGGUCAGAGAGAAGGAAGAGGAGGAGGCUAUGAGGGAAAAUAUUCAGGUGCCAGGCGAAUCUGUUGAUGAAGUUGGCAUUUCUGGCAAGAAAACUUUCCACACCCUAUCUGCUACAGAAAAGUUAUGUGAAGCUCUUGACUUGUAUAAGGAAGAAAAAAAGAAAAUUUUAGAUUAUGAGAGUCUUUGUAAGCAGUCAGGCAAAAAGAUAAAGCCACCAGCAGUUCACCUACUCUUCCAAGCCUUCAAAGUUACAGUACCUGAAGAUUAUCUACUUGAAGUCAUCAAGAAAAUCAAGUCAAAUGACGUUGAAGAGUGCCUGUUGAUCACACCAUUCUCCUACAUCAUGCAGCUGGUUCCACUACUCGCUGACUUCCUCAAUAAAGGUCGUGAAGUUGAGCUCGUUUCAAGAUGUCUCUUCUUCAUUCUAAGGAUACACGCGGGUCAGAUCGUCAGUAACCAGUUGUUUUCUUCUGUUCUGGAGAACGUCAAUGAAGAAUCCCUCGUUCACAUUAAGCUAAUUAAGGACAUGUUGGGCUACAAUUUGAUGGGAUUAAAGUUUUUGCAGCAAAAAUUAGAAGAAGGCAAUUCGUUGAGUAUUUUUGCUGAGGCUGUCCAACAAAAUAAACAAAAGAAGAGAAGGAGAAAGAAGGCUCUCUUGGUUGUUAAAUCGUAA